UCCAAACUUGGACACAAGUCUUUUUGUUGGGUAGUUGUUGUCUGCGCAUCCCUAUUCUGAAUCCUUUUCUCCGUUAACAUUCGCCUUCGUUUUCUCUUCCUAUACGUUCCAAACUACGUUUUUCCCUCUUCCUCUCUUCCUCUGCCAGACCCACUUAAUCACCGUUUUCAUAGGGAGAAAUGGAAGUCAGCUCGAGAGGCUCCAAUACGACAGAGUUUCUCGUAUCAAGAAAAUGGAAAGGGAGAGAUCAGCAGCAGCACACUAGUCCCCAGAGAACCAAAGUCUGGAUUGGGCCUAACAUUAAUAAGAACAACGCCACUGGUAGCUGUAGCGAGAGAAAAGUCCCUGUAAUUUACUAUCUGUCUCGAAAUGGCCAGCUUGAGCACCCUCAUUUCAUGGACGUUCCUCUCUCUUCUCAGGAAGGUCUCUAUCUCAGAGAUGUAAUCAACCGCUUAAACGUCCUCCGAGGCAAAGGCAUGGCUAGGUUGUACACCUGGUCCUGCAAACGGAGCUACAAAAACGGCUUCGUUUGGCACGACUUGUCAGAGAACGACUUGAUUCACCCGGCUCACGGCCAAGAAUACGUUCUCAAAGGAUCAGAGCUUCUCGAUCCUUCUUCGAUAAACUCCAACCCUUUCGAAACAGCGUCGUCGUCGUCGUUUCGAGCGCUGAAGUCAGCAGACGAGUCGUUAGAGUUUCCCGCGAUUACCCGUAGGAGAAACCAAUCUUGGAGUUCUAUUGAUUUAAAUGAGUAUAUAGUUUAUAAGACUGAGCCGAACUCCGAGUCGUUCCGGAGAGUCGCUGCUGAUGCGUCGACUCAAACGGAUGAUAAAAGACGGCGAAGACGACCAGUCAAAGUUGAAGUUGACGACAAAGGUCAAAGCCAAAGUCAAGAAUAUUAUAAGAAACAAAGCACGGAGCUCAACAGGGAAGAAAUUUCACCUCCGCCAUCCGAUUCAAGUCCUGAAACCUUAGAAUCUUUGAUAAAAGCUGACGGACGGCUGAUAUUGUGUUCCGGUAAGGGCAAUGACGCUAACUUGAACCGAACGGAGGAUAAUUAUCCAAGUGGAAGAAUGAAGGCGUCGACGGUUCUGAUGCAGUUGAUAUCCUGCGGCGCAAUCUCUUUUAAGGACUGUGGACUCAGCCAUGUAAAAGAUGAAGGAUUCUCGUUGAUUGGGCAUUACAAGGGAAGGCUACCACGUGGAUCAGGGGAAAAGAAGGAGACGGGGACAGAAAAGGAAAUUUGUAAUACUCCGAGGGUAAGAUUGGAAGAUAAGGAGUACUUCAGUGGGAGCUUGAUUGAGACAAACAAGAAAGAGGACGACGUUCCUCCAGCUUUGAAAAGAUCCAAUUCUUACGACGCAGAUCGCAGAAGCUCGCAGUUGCAUUUGGCGGAGAAAGAGACAGAGGGAGUACGUGCAAAAUGCUUACCAAGGAAGCCAAAAAGACUGCCAACCAAAAGAGAAAACACCAUUGACGGCUGUGGAGCUCAACACGGGAACGAAAGACUCCAAGUCUAACAAUUAACCCACGUCAACUAUACCGAGUUAUGUGAAAUAUAAAUGCAAAAAAGGUUUUUUAAAAAAAAAAUAAAAGGAAAGGGUUUCGAGAAACACGGGCGAAAUGUAAGGUAGUAGGUCGCAGGAAACGGCACGUUGGGCUCACACAAUGAGAAGGAAGAAAAGCAAAGGUUUGGAGGAAUCCUAUAAAUCUAUUUUGGUGAAGUUUGGGAUUUUGUCUAUUUCAGCUUGGAGGUUUGGGCUGGGUCAGCAUAGUUUGUUGUUGGGUGUUAGUGGGGAAUGAGUUUGAUCCAGUAUUUGUUAUUUGAUGCUAACCCCACAACCUUUUUAAAGCCCUUCUUUUGACUAAGUUUUGUCUUCAAGUAUGCACAUGAGUCACGAGGAAGAAAGCUAAUUUGACUCGAAUAUGGAGAUUGAAGAGGUCGAGGCUCUCAAUCUCCGAGAAAUUUGGUGUAGCCUGGAAAUCUGAACUUUGGAACUCAGCCACAAAUUCUGAUAUAUUGAAGCAAUUGAUGUACCUUCAUUCCUCACCGUGCUUGUAAUUUAGGUUCUGACUUUGUUAUUUAGCAAAAUAAUAUUCGAUGUAUUUUGUUCUCCA